AUGUCUGAUCCGAUACCAUCCGCAACAGCCGACCCAGGCGCCGUGGAUCAAGCUCACCCCUCGAACGCGGAGGACCGCAAAGCCGCCGCCGCCCUCUCCUCCCUCAACACAAAUGAGAUCACUACGGAAGGCACCCCUGCGGGCGCACAGAUUACUGGAGACCAGGAGGCAUUAGGAAAAGCUAUGAGUAGGCUUGAGAUAACAGCUGGACAGAACUCAGCCGGAAAGCAGGCGGCCGGGUCGAUUGGUGAUCAGGUUAGAAAGAAGGCGGUUAAGGUUGCUCAGGCUGAUAUCACACUACUGGUUGACCAGCUGGAUUUAAGUAAGACAAAGGCCACGGAGUUGCUCAAGGCUCAUGAUGGAGAUGCUACGAGGGCGAUAAAGGCGUUUGUUGCGCCACCUGUGCUUGGUUAA